AUGAUUGUCAAUCCGGGUCGACUUAUACACUUCCAUACUCAUAAAUGCACUGAGAUGAAUGGGUUUGGCGAGAUUGAUAAAUGUAUGAUUAAUAUGGAUGACCUGUCUGGAAGCGAAGAGCAAACUUUAGAUAGCAACGAGCACGGUGAAUCUGAUAAUGAUUAA